AUGGUGCUGGGGCGUGCUGCAGCUUUGGCCCAGGCCAGUGCUCAACGGGCACGCCGUGGGGCACGCUGGGCUGUGGAGAUGCCCAGUAGAGGGGCAGAGGAGUCUGAGCUCACACUGAUUUCGGAGGUGAUUGGGAGCGACGAGUUUCCCCAGGUGCAUCGCAUCCAACUCGCCGAGCCUGUGGUCAGUGUUGCUGGCCGACGAAUCCCUUUGACGGCAGUCAGGAGUAGGGACCGACUCGAUUGGGCUCAGCUGGAUGACAGGCUUUUGGGUCGAUGUGAGCUCCCUGCUGGACAAACAGCAGGCUGCCAGCCUUUGCGCUUGGAGCGCGUCCAUGAUAUCAAAGAAUGCCUUGGCGUCCUCCUGCUGACAGAUGGUGGCGAUACCAUCAACUACGCAGGCGAAGCGUGCCAAAUCCAACAAUGCCAAAUCUCCCAGGCUUAUACGCAACUUGUUUUGACCAGCAAUUACGGAGCCAUGGAGGUCUACAGCGUGCUGUGCGAGGCCCUGAAGGUUUUGCCAAGCUUGGAGAUGGGGAUGGAAGACCAUACGGAUGGCGGCGAUGUCGGUAAAGAUCAAGACUAUUGGACAACUUCUGGGAAGAUGAAGCAGGACCUGCGAAACUUUUUCGCUCCAAAAGCAUCGACUUGGACAAUUCUGGAGUUGGGAAGCUAUCGCGGUUACACCAGCCGAGUCUUCUCCGAUUUGUUCUCCCGGGUCAUUGCGGUAGAUGCUUCGGAGGCAUUCCUGAGUUUCAACCGACGGUACAACAAAGAUCGUCAAAACAUCCUCUUCGUCCAUCUCCACAGCCGAGUGGACAGCCUGAGGAGCCUGCGUCAAAAUGAGGUGGAAGUAGCAAUGGUGGAUGCGGAACACGAAUAUGCUUCCGUUCAUCGUGACACCAAUCAGCUACUGCGUUAUUUCAGGAGUUCACUGAAGUAUGUGAUUUUUGACGACUUUGGCACUGAUGAGGGGGUCAUGAGAGCAGUGAGAGAGUUUGUGCAGCGGGGUCAGCUACGUGUCGUUGGUGGUGUUGGCCGAAGGCCAGGGUGGAAGUAUGGUGACCGAGUCAUUGAUAGUUGGGAAGGUGUUAUUUGUGAAGUAACGGGCAACCAAAGCCAAGUGCCAAUGAAUCGCAUCUUUGGCAAGUGGUACACCUGGUUUGAGUCCAAUUUAUGGGAAAGUGAUGACGUCAUCGAGUUUCAAAAUAGUGGGGCCUGCGCAACUUCACGAGGACCUGGCAAAUGGCGCUUGGACCAGACGCAGGAGCGCGUCCUGUGGAUGGAGUGGCCAUCUCACAAACCCAUCCCCAUGGGUGGCCAGAAUCCAGCUAGACCUGUACUCGAGCCUUGGUUCUUGAAGUUCGAUGAGGAAUGGGAGAAGUUUGCAGCCGUCAAGGCCGAUGUGACGAAGACUUCGGCGACAGGAGUUGAUCAAGAGGUCAUGCACUCUGUUGUCAGAAGGCUCUUCGUUUCAGUAAGUCAUGAGUUUUGCAGCUCUGCCAAUGAAUGUGAUCCGCAUUUGCCAGGAAUGCGCAACUGA